UUUUCUUCUUCUUAGUCUGAUUACAACUUCACCUGAUCGUGUCAAAUCACUUCUUGCUAAUGAUCUAUCUCAAUUCGCUCGUAGAUGCUGUACAACAGUUCAUGAACAAUGGUCUAAUAUUUUUCAUCCAAAUCAAGAACAAACAUCUCGAAAAAAACAUUUUUUUGACACAAAACAAAUAUCUCGUAAUAAUAAUGCAUUCAAUGCUGCACUAAUGUGUGGAAUGCCUUUUCGUCAAGCUUCCAAGAUUGGAACUGAUGAAUUUUGGACUGAUAAAUGUGAUAAUACAAAUUGCUCAUCACAAACUACGAGAAACGAUGAUGAAGAUCAAUUGCUAUUAUUUUCAGAAGAUAUUUCAAAUGAACCCAUGGUGUUUUCUUCUACAUUAAAUGAACUUUCAUCAGAUGACGAACUUUUAUCAAAUUCAAUAUUGUGA